GUCUUACUGUACACUCGCAGAUAGCAGACUUUUCACCUUUCAGUUGAAGUCGCAUACUUUUGCUGCAGUCAAUUGACCAAUCCCCUCACGUGAGAUAAAGACGCUCACCUGUGCAAGCAAGCCCCAUCACUUCCAUCCUGACCACUACAACCUUCUCCAUCCCAUCCCAUCUUUCCCCGUAAGCCGUCGCCAUGGGUUCCGUCGUCCUGCCCCAUCUUCAUACCGCAUGGCAUGUGGACCAGGCCAUCCUCAGCGAGGAGGAUCGUCUCGUGGUGAUUCGAUUCGGUCGAGACCACGACGUCGACUGUAUGCGCCAAGAUGAAGUGCUCUUCAAGAUCGCCGAGCGAGUCAAGAAUUUCGCCGUGAUCUACCUCUGCGACAUCGACGAGGUGCCCGAAUUCAACACCAUGUACGAACUGUUCGACCCGAUGACGAUCAUGUUCUUCUACAGAAACAAACACAUGAUGUGUGAUUUCGGAACCGGAAACAACAAUAAAUUGAACUGGGUUCUCGAAGACAAGCAGGAGCUGAUCGAUAUCAUCGAGACGAUCUACAAAGGUGCCAAGAAGGGACGUGGUCUGGUGGUUAGUCCAAAGGAUUAUUCGACGAGAUAUCGCUACUGAGAUGGUGGGUGUGGUUGUGGUGGUGAUUUGACGCCUGGUAUGAAUUAUGAGGAUGAAAAGGCCAAGAACUGGCUUCGUGAGCUCUUCUUCUGGUCUUGCAUGGGGAGUAUUGGCUAUAAAACGAAAUGAUAAAAAAAC